UCACCGCUGCCGACCGCUUCACAAAUUACACACCAACACUUGGGCUUCUCCACGUAUCGAUCCGAUCACUGUUCACAAUCACACACGAGUCGAAUCGGCUGAGAAACAGAAAACAGAGGAAGAGAGAGAACAGGGAAAGCUAAAAAACAAAAAAGGGAAAAAAGAAGAAGAAGAGAGAGAAAUCCCAAAGAAACAUCUGGUUCUUUCUCCUUUACUCCACUCUGUGUUGCAACCAUGGCUCAUUACUUUGCUCCACCCUUAUUGGUCCUUGCUCCUUUUCUCUUCUUACCUCAGUUAGGUCUCUGUGUUGCAACCAUGGCUCAUUCUGUGGGCGAAGAAAACUUCGCUCCAUCCUUAUCAACCCCAAUAUUGACAUAUGAAAAUGAGGUCUUCAUUAGUUUUCAUGCGGAAGAUACCCGCACAAGAUUUACCGGCCAUCUCUUUGCUGCUUUAGAACGUAAAAGGAUUCGCGCGUCUGAACUGAUGAAGGCAAUCGAGGCAUCAAGGAUUGCAGUUGUGGUGUUCUCAAAAAACUAUGCUACUUCCAAUGGGUGCCUGGAUGAGCUGGUGAAGAUCAUGGAAUGCCAAAGGGUGUUAAAUCAAACGGUGCUGCCUAUUUUUUAUAAAGUGUCUCCGUCCGAUGUGCGAAAACAUAAGGGGAAUUUUGCGGAAGCAAUCAUGAAUGGCCCUGAAGACAAGGUGAACAUUUGGAAGACUACUUUGAAGGACGUUGCAAACUUGGCAGGAUAUUCCUUGAAUCGAGAUCGUCCAGAGCCAGACUUUAUAGAAGAAAUUGUCGAAACCAUUUGGAAAAUUCUAUACGUGGAAUCACGUACCAGUACCGUUCCACCCUGUCGUCAGAACGAUGUUCCUGGUCAAUGCUCUUCAUUAAAUAUUCCGCAAAAAGGUACUUUGUCGGGCAAAAUGCUAUUGCUGAGCGGACCCACCCUUUUUUUUUUUUUUUAAAAGACAAACAUGAAUAGGACUGAUUCCAUCAGUCUCGGUAUUGCUCCCACUUUCCCAUGCAAGUCCCUCUCAACUUUCAAGUCCAACUCAAAAAAAAAAAUAAUAAUAAUAAAAAGUCCCUUUCAAGUUCAUUUUACUAUUUCUUCAUGCUGUUACUAAAAGUCAGUGGUCCCGUUUUACGUCGUCUUCAACUGGUACAAACAAAGCCGAAUCGUCCCUUAGACGCCAUUUGCAUUUAAGGAUUCAUCCCUCUCCCUCCUUUUGUUCCCUGCUUUAUUCAUUGCCGUUGUUCAUUGUCAUCCUCUUUUUCCGAAUCUUGAUUUCUGUCCUAUUUACCUAAUUUUUUCUUCUUCUUCUCCUUCGCACAUUUCUGUCCUAUUCUGUUUUUCGUCUGUCCUUAAUUUGACUCACUUUCAGGAAACUUUUUGUUCUUUUUUUGGAGAAGACCAUUGUUAUUGUUUCUAAGUCGGGGGUUCUCUCUUCAAAAAAAAAAGAAAAAAGAAGUUAGGGGGUCUAAUGCAACAGCAAGUAUCUAUACUCUCUUUUAUUAGCUCAAGAAAGACUUUU